AUGAGGAUGCACGAGAUGGUGCACGGCUUCCCUGGAAUGCUAGGGAGCAUCGACUGUAUGCACUGGCAGUGGAAGAAUUGUCCGACGGCGUGGAGAGGCCAAUUUACUAGUGGAUACAAGGGCAGCCACCCGACGAUGAUCCUCAAAGCCGUCGCUGACCAUCGGCUCUGGAUCUGGCAUGCUUACUUCGGUGUAGCCGGGUCGAACAACGACAUCAACGUCCUCAACUCGUCCAACCUCUUCGCCGAUCAAUGCAGGGGUCGUGGCCCGGCCAUCGAGUUCACUGCCAACGGACGCCAAUAUCAUAUGGGGUACUACUUGGCCGAUGGCAUAUACCCAAGGUGGCCUGUUUUUGUGAAGACGAUCAGCUACCCAAUGGGUGACAGGAGAGUGUUAUUUGCGGCAAAGCAGGAGGCUGCGCGGAAGGAUGUGGAGCGGGCUUUUGGUGUGCUCCAAUCGCGGUGGGCAAUAGUGAAAGGUUCGGCGCGUUUGUGGUUCAAGGAAGUCAUCGCCGAUGUCAUGUAUGCGUGCAUCAUCUUGCAUAACAUGAUAGUCGAACAAGAAGCUGGACAUGUCACCGAUUGGGCCGAUGAUGAAGGUGGAUCUAGCUCCAGCACGGCGACCCCGCCUGUCGCUCGAGGAUUACUGAUGGGCUUCAGUGAGGUUCUAGCUAGACAGACCUCAAUGCGCAGCCAACAAGACCAUGCUCACGCUCAUGAACGACAUGAUUGA